AGAGGAAAACAAAGAUAAGCAUUAAAAAACAGUGUAUUGAAAUUAAACAAUAAAUAAACAAAACAUUAUGGCUGAUGGCGUGUUUAAAAGUUUUAUACGUGAAAUGUUUGCGGUCAAAUACAAUUCUAAAAAAUAUGAUCCUGAAUCAAAACGUAUCGAUGGCUCUGGUCGCUGUUAUCCCAAUUGCGAUUCCACAGUAUGGUUAAGAUCCUGUUGUAAAGAGAUUAUUGAACCUAUAGAAGGUCAUGUUAUAGGUAAAAUUCCCACAUGGAUUAAUGGCUCUUUAUUGCGUAACGGUCCGGGAAAUUGGCAGGUGGGUGAUAUGACAUUUCAACAUUUAUUCGAUUGCUCUGCAUUGCUGCAUCGUUUUGCCAUACAUAAUGGUCAUGUUACGUAUCAAAAUCGUUUUGUAGAAACCGAAACGUUGAAAAAAAAUAAUGCUGCUCAAAGGAUUGUGGUAACAGAAUUUGGUACCGCCUCUGUACCAGAUCCUUGUCAUUCGAUAUUUGAUAAAGUUUCGGCUAUAUUUCGUCCCGAUAGUGGCUCUGAUAAUUGUAUGAUUUCUAUUUAUCCUUUUGGCGAUGAGUUUUACACUUUCACCGAAUCACCAGUAAUUCAUAGAAUAAAUCCUCGCACCUUAGCUACCGAAGGACGUUUGGUUAUGACCGAUUUUGCCGGCGUUGUUAGUCACACCUCACAUCCACAUGUUAUGCCCAAUGGCACUACAUACAAUUUGGGCAUGGCCACCACAAAAUCAGGACCAGCAUAUAGUAUUAUAUGUUUUCCACAUGGUGAAAAUAUGUUCGAAAAUGCCUACGUUAAAGCACAUGUACCAUGUCGUUGGAAAUUACAUCCUGGUUAUAUGCACACUUUUGGAAUAACUGAAAAUUAUUUCGUGAUAGUCGAACAACCGCUAUCGAUAUCAUUGCCCGAAUUCAUUAAAGCCCACAUAUGUAAUCAAAAUUUAUCGGCCUGCCUUAAAUGGUUUGAAGAUAAACCCACCUUAUUUCAUUUAGUUGAUCGUAAAACGGGCCAGGUGACCCAUACAUUCGAAUCGGAAGCGUUUUUCUUUUUGCACAUAAUCAAUCAGUAUGAAGAGGAUGAUUAUGUCGUAAUCGAUAUAUGUUGCUACAAGGAUCCUGAAAUGAUUAAUUGCAUGUACUUGGAAUCGAUUAUGAAUAUGCAAUCCAAUCCCGAUUAUGCAUCACUAUUUCGGGGACGUCCUUUAAGAUUUGUUUUACCUUUGGGCAGUUCUACUUCAAGUGCGAAAACUACACAGAAAUUGGGACAGAGACGUCGUCUUUUGAAAUCGUUUACAUUGACGGGUAUUAGUUCUCGUUUACAUCAACCAAAAUUGAAACAUUCUCAGUCCCAAAAUGAAGAUAUAACCUUUAUGACCACAAAUCUUCGGGCUUCAACGAAUGACUUGUCGAACAAUAAUGAAGGCCCUACCGAAGCUCAUGAAAAUAUAAAAUAUGAAUCUCUGUUGAAUUUGGUUAGUUUACCGAAUUGUCAGGCCGAAGCUUAUGAAAUGCCAGAUCGUCAAAUCUUUGUAAGACCUGAGUUACUGUGCGAUUGGGGCUGUGAGACACCGCGCAUAAAUUAUGAAAACUAUUUGGCUAAAAAGUAUCAAUACUUUUAUGCUAUAAGCUCUGAUGUGGAUGCUGAUAAUCCAGGAACGAUUAUCAAAGUUGAUGUGGUUAAUAAAACCUGUAAGAAAUGGUGCGAAGACAACUGUUACCCCAGUGAACCGAUAUUUGUACCUGCACCCGAUGCUCGCGACGAAGAUGAUGGUGUCGUUUUAGCCUCAAUAGUAUGGGGUGGUUUCAAUGAGAACAAAGUGGGCCUGUUAGUGUUAUGUGCCAAAACAUGGAAUGAAAUAGGAAGAUGUGUAUUUCAUACCUCAGGACCGGUGCCAAAAUGUUUACAUGGCUGGUAUGCCAAAGAUGUUGUGUAAAUUAAAUAAAUUUGUUACUUACUUCUAGUGUUUUAAUUUUGAGAUUUAGUUGAUAAAAUAAAAUUAAGUUUUAUUAAAUUAAAAUUUCAUAUUGAUUAUA